AUGUCUGCCACCACCACCCAGACCGUUGCGCCGCCCGCGGUCGCCGUGCCCGCCCCCGAGCAGAAGCAUGGCUACCUCUUUGGCACAAAGCUCGCCGCCUCGCUCUCGCCCAUGUUCCACGGCACCAUCUACGCCGACCUCGGCCUGCCCUGGGAGCAGCACCGCCUCGAGUCGUCCGACAUCCCCGCCUUCCUUGAGCUCCUCCAGCAGCCCGCCGUCUACGGCUCCGCCGUCACCAUGCCCAACAAGGUCACCAUCAUGAGCCACCUCGACGAGAUCACCGACGAGUGCCGCGACGUCGGCGCCUGCAACACCAUCUACUUCAAGGACGGCCCCGGCGGCAAGCGCCUGCUCUGCGGCACCAACACCGACACCGCCGGCGUCCGCGAGUCCUUCUACCAGAACGUCGCCAACCCGGACGCCGUCUUCCACGACAAGCCCGCCAUGGUCGUCGGCGGCGGCGGCGCCGCCCGCAGUGCCGUCUACGCCCUCUGGCGCUGGAUGCGCGCCACCAAGAUCUACCUCGUCAACCGCGACGCCUCCGAGGUCAAGGCCCUUAUGGACGACUGCACCGCCCGUGGCUACGGCGACGUGCUCGUCCACGUCUCCACCCCCGAGCAGGCAGAGGAGCUUGUCCGCUCCGGAGCCGGACCGGGUGCCAUUGUCUCGUGCGUGCCUGACUUCCCGCCCCAGACAGCCGAGGAGAAGACGGCGCGCCAGAUCUUUGAGACAUUCCUGGCCGCCGAGAGCAAGGGCGCCAUGCUGGAAAUGUGCUACAACCCGACCCCCUACACGCAGAGCGGCGCCAUUGCCGAGGGCCAGGGCUGGCAGGUCAUCCUCGGCACCGAGGCUCUGAUAUGGCAGGGUGUCGAGCAGGACAUGCUCUGGACAGGCGUAUCCCGCGAGAAGCUGCCCGUCAAGAACGCCAGUGACGCCGUCAAGAAGCGGGUCGCGGAGAUUGCGAGCGCGAGGAAGUAG